GAGCUAAACUCUACAUAGUACAUAAUGCAAACAAAAACUAGUAAAGUUGAGAUUUGAGAGAGAGCAACCAAAUCAAAGAAAGCAGAAAGCAAAGCAGCAAAGUAAGAGGGAAAAGUUCAUAUGCUUUUGUUGGUGUCCCUUCCCCUUUAAGAACUCCGGGUUAGCGAGCCAAGUGAGUACCUCUUCUCUGUUUUUGCAUUAGUGGGGUAUAAUAUAUUAUUGCAGUUUCUCGGGCAGUGAAGAUGAGCUAUACAAGUUCUGGUAGCAGAACAGCUAGAAGGACGCUUGAGUUUGGAAGGACCCAUGUUGUGAGACCCAAGGGGAAACACCAGGCCACGAUAGUUUGGCUACACGGCCUGGGUGACAAUGGCUCAAGCUGGUCCCAGCUCUUGGAAAAUCUCUCUCUUCCCAAUAUUAAAUGGAUCUGUCCAACUGCUCCUACUCGUCCUGUGGCAUUACUUGGUGGAUUUCCUUGCACUGCUUGGUCUGAUGUUGGAGAACUUUCAGAGGAUGGUCCUGAUGAUGUUGAGGGUUUAGAUGCUUCAGCAGCACAUAUUGCAAACCUGUUAUCAACUGAGCCUGCUGAUAUUAAACUUGGUAUCGGGGGCUUCAGCAUGGGUGCUGCAACUGCACUCUACUCUGCAACUUGUUUUGCUCACGGAAAAUAUGGAAAUGGAAAUGCAUACCCUGUCAACUUACGGGCAAUUGUUGGUCUUAGUGGCUGGCUUCCUGGUUCAAGGAGCUUGUGGAGUAAGGUAGAAGGUUCACAUGAGGCUGCAAGGCGUGCUGCAUCUUUGCCAAUUUUGAUUUGUCAUGGAAAUAGCGACGAAGUGGUCCCCUAUAAAUAUGGAGAAAAGUCUGCUCACUGCUUAAGUUCAGCGGGAUUUUGUAACCUGAUAUUCAAAGCAUAUGACGGGCUUGGGCACUACACGGUCCCGAAGGAGAUGAACGAUGUCUGCAAUUGGUUAACAGCGAGGAUGGGUUUUGAGGGGUCGCGCUCAUGAUUUUUAUGCGGAAUUUGUUGUUAUAGCUGCUGCUGCUGCUGCUGCUGCAAGUAAGGAGAAGAAUGGGCAAACAAUAACAUGAAAAUUGGGCAAUUACUAUAAGCGGCUGGUUAGUAGAUGUGAGGUGCGGGGUAUAUGAUUCAGUCAGUCAUAUUAACGUUCCUAGCUAAUUCUGGUUUUCUUCUUGCUUGUCCUAAAAUAAAGUUUUGAAUAUGUUUAUCCUUCAAUCGGCUUGUAGGCGUCUAGAUGGGAUUUGUUCUUGUCAAUUCUAAUAUUAAGAUUUAUAUGCAUUUUGAUGUUCAGUGACCA